CUUCACCGUGACGAUCGCCCGUUGAGUAUUUAUAUAAAGUUUGGGGAAAAAAGUUACGAAUCCCCGACAUUCCAGCUCACUUCGCUGAUUUUUAAAAACGAUGCUUUUUGCCGGCCGUUUAGUUUUCUAAUUAAUAAUCCACAUGUGCUAUUUAGCAUAAAAGUUGUGUCGCACGAACAGCAGCAAACCGAACGAAGCAGUACGCUUGUAAGCAAGAGAAAAGUGAAGAAGAUGGUUGUGGCUACUCUUCAAAUACCGGCAGCCGAGCUUUUUCUACACCAGCGCGAUUCUUCUAUGCUAGUUUUAGAAAACUAUUACACCAUGAAGCCUGAAGGCAGAAUGAAAGUCGGAAUAAGCUGCCAUUUCAACUACUCGCUUCUCUCACUGGCUGGCUAUGCCCAAGUGAGCGGACUCGGAUUGGAGGCUCCUGAGCGGAAGUUCAUACUUUUGUCCACUACCGGAAGUUACAUGCUCGCACAGCUUUUUGAUGGGCAUCGGCAGGGAGAAGAGGCGCUUGCAAGUAAAAAAACGGACACUAAAAAGGAAAAGAAACUAAAGAAGAAGGAAAAACACAACAAACAUAAAUUCGCAGAACAUAUUUCACUAAAAUUUGGACACCCGCACCGCUUGAAGAAAAAAUAUUAUCAAGAAGACGACAAGAAAAAUUUUUUGCUUAACAGAAUAUUCGUAACGGAUAAGAAUCCUCCAGUAGUCGAUAGGGAAACGCAAAUAGUUACUAUUUUUAGUAUGCAUGAAGAUUAUAAGAGUUAUAAAAAGUUUGAGUUGGAGUUUCUUCUGCAAGAAAUAAACGUUGGAAAGAAAUGGCACGAUAUUUUAGUGGAGAUGAGCAUUUCGACGAAUAAUCAUUACUGGAGUAAAAAAAGUUUGGAAGAUCUUGAAAAGUUAUUGGAAAAAGUUCGCGACGAGCAUGAGAAAAGCCAUUUAGACAAGGGCUUGUACUCUAUUAUUGUUGGUCAACUUCAUAAACAUAUAAAAGAAAGACAAGCAAGCUUGUCAUUAUCAAAAUUUGAGAAGAAAAAGAAAAGCAGACACGAAAAGGUAAACUUUUCGGAGUUAAUCGAAGACUCCUUAAAGCACUCUCCCCAAAAAGAGGAAGUAGAAAAUUAUUAUGAAAAUAUGAAUGCACUACUUUUUAUGCUUUCAAAAUUUUUUUGUUCGCAAGCUUGCCUUCAUGCUUUGCUUUGCUUCGGAGAACUUUAUGGAAUAAGUUUGUACUAUACGCUAACAAUUAUUAUUAAAAAGCUCAAAGGAAAGUUCAGUUUAGCAAAAAACUGUAAAGUUUCUGAAGACUUUCUUGAUUGGUUUGCUCUCUACCAACCAUCGCUUGAGCUGCUUUGUGAUAUGCACAGAACUACCAAUCAAAACGCUUCAGACUUUCAUAAUAAUUAUAUAAAAGAAAGAAGUCUUUGGCUGGCCACUCCAGAAGAACAGGAGUCCUGUCACGCAGCUGUCAAAGAAAUUUUUCAGCAAAUAGAAAAUCGAAUCUCCCAUUAUAAGAACUACUUCCCGUACGGUCGUGGAGGCAUCUCAGAGGCCAUCAGCAUGUACAGCUUAUCCCACGAAUUCCUCGUGGCUGCUGGAAUUUUUACCGACGAACUUAUAGAAAAACUAAAGGAAGCUUUAUUUACUUCUUGUCAGGAAAAAUACGUGCAGUUGAGAGGGACUAUUCGAGCUGAUAAAAGUGGCCGCAUGGAAGCGGUAGAACUCUUAAAUUUGUGCAACCUAAUAUUUUUGGAGCUUCGCGACGACAAGCAAUACUUCUCUGAACCAUUUUAUUCGUGUAUUGAUCUUCUUCUUCUUAACUUGAAGUGCUUCAUUCAGUCCUACUCGCUGGAACUUUUGGAAUAUCUUUCCUACAGCGACAAGAAAGAUCCGUGCUUAAUAGAAGUUUACUUGAAGCUGAAGGAAAUCGAAAAUGAAUUUUCUUACAUCGGAGAGGUCAACUUUGCUCCAAUCUUCAUCGAGUUUGAGCCAGUCAUCAAGCAGUGGAUGCUUAGAAGUUCGAACUUAGCAAAGGAAUGGAUCAUGCGCGCCGUGGCCAUCAACCAAUCAAGUACGUUCGAGGCCACCGACACGCUAACUAUCAAACACUCUUCCUCAGUGGUGGAUUUUUUCUGCUUUGCCAAUGAAACAUAUAAAAUUCUGCGGACUUUGGAUUGGAAAGAAACAGAAACACGUACAAAACUAGACUUGGAAAUGAUGGAGUUUGUGUGCAACUCUUCCCAGACGUACGCCUCCGAAGUUGUGAAUAAUAUUCGAGUUUACUUAAAUACUCAGAAUAAUGAUCUGCCAAAAGUGUUAAGGUUCUGGACUUUGGAGUACUUUUUUGCCCUAAACAACGUUUACGUGAUGAGCAGCGAAUCAGAGGCUCUCAUCAAGGCUCUUAUUGAUGAUUUGAUAUACAUCGAAACGGAGAUGAACAAAAAAGUUGCUCGUCGAGGCGCCCACGUGACUCUUUUGCCUGGGAUGAACAGUUUGGCCGCUCCCAGCAAAAAUAAGAACGACCCCCUGCAGGGCAGUGACGAUUACGCGGCGCUUUCAGAAUCCAAUAGGCGGGCGCUAAAGACGCUGCUCGACCAAUAUUACGCCUCUAUUGAAAAUAGUUUAAAAGUUUUAGUUAUCAACGUGAUCAGGACGAUGGACUCGACCAUAGAAAAAAACGUCUCUCGUCUGCUAAAAGGAGCGCUCUCCAUUGAGCUCGGUCCAGACACUCCCGAGGAGAGCUUCCGCGACGUUUCUCAGUCGUUCAUUGGACCGCUUUUUGACUUUCUGGACGACCGUUUGCUCUUGCUCUCCACUAAUCUCUAUGAUGCUAUAUUCAAAAAAAUUCUAUUGACUUUGUGGAAGCGAAUAGCAUUGAUAGGCUGCGCUUUUACUUGUCCUGAUUAUUCUCAACGCAAAGAACGCUGCAUUGAUUCGUUCAUUGGAAACUCAUGCUACUCAUUGGUGCUUGACACACUCGAAUGCAUAAAAAACUAUUUUUAUGCUGGCGGAAUCGGCUUGAGUCAAGAGCAACUGGAAUGCGAGGAGUAUUACAAUUUGCUCAACAUCUUAAAGUUCUGCGCGACAACAACUGAAGAUCUGAUCAGCAUUUAUGAGCUUAAAAAGAGCGAACUUGCUCUUCAGGUUUUGAAGAACAGAGUAAAGUGUGAAGCUGCCAUGAAGUUUCUCGAAAAAGAAGACGGCGUCCGUUAUGAUUAUGAGAGCCAUCCGCGAUAUGAAUUCUUCCGCUAAUCCGUAGCAGAAUAAGAAA